UUGGCUCGCUAGGCCUGACAUUCGAGUGUAUUCAGUCAACGCAAGAACACUUCAGAAAAGAUAUCGAGAUGAGAGGCCAAAUGGAUCACCCACCACGUUUCCAAGAGUUUAGUGUUGAAUGGGGUAAUUGGGCGAGGCCGCCUCCUUUCGGCUCUUUUGGAGGGCCCGAUUUCCACGGUUGUCAUCACAGACCCCGUUUCGGACCAUUUGGACAUGGGGAGAGUACUGAACAUCAUCAUCCUGGCCAUCAAAGACGAGGUUCACGUGAAGGAAGGGGUCGCUGCUGCGGCUCGGAUUCUGAUGAAGAAGAACGUUCCUGUGGACCUAGAGACUUCAGGCGAGGACCCGGUGGUAGAUUUGGCUUCAUGCAUGGACCAUUUGGGUUUGGGCGACAUGGACCUUCUAUUUACGAUGUAAGGUCAUGGAGAGGUCCUUGGAAUAGACCUUGUAGAGGCCCGGGGGGUCCUUGGGAUGGACCUUAUUGGCGCCCUUACGGCCCUGGCUACCCGCACCCCUCGGGUGGUCGACGUGGACCCUGCCCAUCGUGUGGCCAUAAAGAACGAAAUGAGUAUGAUGGGCCAGGAUACCGACGAUGCAGAAAAGAUGAUUGUGAAAAAUGCUGUGGAAAUGAACCUUGCCGCAGUGACAAUAAGGAAAAACGUGGAGCAAAGGACCAUGGACCUUGCAGCGAUAAGGAUAAAGAUGAAAAUACAGUGUUUGUACAAAGGAUUGUUUUAGAGAAAUCUGCAAGACCGCAGAGUGUUUGAAGUAAUGAACAUAUAAAUUAUUGAGUAUCUAUUUCCUUCGAACUGAAUGACAAUUCUGGACCAAAAAGCACUUGGAACGAAAGGGUUUGAUGGAGGCAAGUUCGAAUCCAAUUGCAGCAUAUUUUAAUAUGCUAAAAAACCUUAUACUUUGAAAAUAAAUUGAAGCUAUUGACUGACUGGUAUUAUGCAAAAAAACUCACCUAUUUGCAUGGGACUCAUAACAUAACUGGCAAUGAACAAUUUGAGAGAAAACAUCAUUGGGAAAGAACAAUCAACCUCAACAUCAAAAGGUGACAACAGAGAUGAAGAAUAAUCGACGACUUGUUUAUUGUAUAAUUGUCUAAUGCAGUUAUCAUUUAUUUAUAAUUGCAAUUUAGACGAGUCUGUAUUAAAUUGUGUACCUAUAUAUAUUUUUUAAUAAAAUCUGAUAACAAC